UUCCGGUGCAUCCCGUUGGAGUUACUAUUGUUAUUGUGUGCAGCUGCUUGCUGUUUCUUCCUACAGUUCCUGGAAUUUGGAUGCUCGUUGGAGUUUUUGUGUACAGUGUUAGUACAUUACAAAACAACCUGUUGGAAGUGAAUUAGGAGAGUGAAGACAUGAGUGAAUCGGAGGAGAAACAUCAUCAAGUCCAAACUGGAGCAAAAUCUUCUUCCUCGCAAACUGAAAGUAAAUCAUUGCUGACAAGAGGGGCACAAAUAUAUUUCAUCUGCCCCCAGUGUGGAAGAUGUUUCCUACACAAACAAGGUCUUAGACUUCAUAUAAGAGUUCACACUGGAGAGAAACCGUACAAAUGUGCUCAGUGUGACAAGAGUUUCAAACGAAAAGGAAACCUUAACGAUCACGUGAAAAUCCACAGCGGAGAGAAGCCGCACACGUGCGAUCAUUGUGGGAAGAGCUUUUCACUUAAACAAAACCUUAAGGUGCACCUCAGAGUCCACACUGGAGAGAAACCACACGUUUGUGUUCAAUGUGGGAAGAGCUUUUCAGGGAAAUAUUUACUCAAUGAUCACAUUAAAAUCCACACGGGCGAGAAUCCAUAUGCAUGUGAUCAGUGCGGGAAGAGGUUCACGUAUAAAUCAAACUUUAACCACCACAUGACGAUCCACACUGGAGAGAAACCACACACUUGUGCUCAGUGUGGGAAGAGUUACGCACGAAAAGGAGCCCUCAAUGAUCACAUGAAGAUCCACACCGGAGAGAAUCUGCACACGUGUGAUCAGUGCGGGAAGAGUUUCAGAAAAUCAGGGGUUUUUAAAAAACACAUGCUUACUCAUUCUAGAAAAAGACUGUAUAAUUGUGACCAAUGCGGUAAAAGUUUUUUUAGGGCGGAUUUCCUGAAGAACCACUUGAAGGUUCAUACAACGGAGAAGCCUUAUGUAUGUUCCUUGUGUGGAAAGAGUUUCAGGCACACGAGUGCAUUGAAGAUACACCAGAAAAGACACAGCGCUGUGAAGGAUCACGCUUGCUCUGAAUGUGGGAAGGCUUUUUCUACAAUUGGUGACCUGAAAGUGCAUCAGUCAGUUCACACUCCAGAAACACCUUAUAAGUGUUCACACUGUGACAAGAGCUUCAAACGCUCAGAAUAUCUGAGAAAACACGAGAGGAUCCACACUGGAGAGAGACCUUAUCACUGCAUUCGGUGUGGGAAGAGUUUCACUCAUUUAUCGUCUCUAAUCCGUCAUAAAAAAGAAAUGCAUGUCUGAAAUUACAAAAACCUUUAGUUUGAGUUCUGGUCCUGUACUCUGAAACAAUUGUUGAUAACCGAUUAAUCAAAGGUUGUUCGAACAAUUUAUCCACUGAUUGUUAAUUAUGGUUUGUAAGAGAUUAGAGAAUGUCUUCGUUUCACUGUUUUUAAUAAUGUUGCAGGAAAAUGUUGUGAAGCAGUACUUUUCUAUUGUUUUUGCUUUGGUAUAAUAACAAUAUCAGAAAACAGCUGGAAGUGGACGCAUUGAGUAACCAGCUGAGAGUGAACAGACAGAGAUUAGACGUGAUGGAAGAGGACGAGGAUGAUCUGAGUGAAGCGGAGCUGAAACAUCAUGCCAAAACUGGUCAUACGAGUUUCUUAAAGUGGAAAGAGUCUCCUAAACAAACAAAGUCUUAAAAUUCUCAUGAGAGUUCAUAGUGGAGAUGUAGGAGGCGUUUCACACAGAAAAGAAACCUUAUUGGACACAUGAGGAUCCACAUUGGAGAGAAGCCAUAUAUAGUGGCAUGCAAAAGUUUGGGAACCCCUACCAGAAUCUGUGAAAAUGUGAAUAAUUUUAACAGAAAUAAGAGAGAUCAGACUAAAUGCAUAUUUUUUCUAUUUAGUACU